CGCUUUGUAAAACGCCGCCAAGCGUCGUGCGUACUAGAAAUGGAAGAGGCUACCACAGAGGUCUCUUUCUCGGGGAAGGUGGCUUUGCCAGAUGUUUCCAGAUGAAAGAUGAAUCUGGACGGAUUUUUGCAGCCAAGACGGUGGCCAAGGCGUCUAUCAAAAAUGAGAAGACCAAGACAAAACUCCUCAGCGAAAUCAAGAUCCACAAGAGCAUGUCUCACCCUAACAUUGUGCAGUUCGUGGACUGCUUCGAAGACGAUGUAAAUGUGUACAUUUUGCUGGAAAUCUGCCCUAAUCAGUCGUUGAUGGACCUACUAAAGGCUAGAAAAGUUCUCAGCGAGCCAGAGGUGCGUUUAUUCAUGGUUCAGAUUAUUGGAGCCAUCAAAUAUCUUCACAGAAGAAGAGUUGUUCACAGAGACUUGAAACUUGGGAACAUCUUUUUUGAUCCUGACAUGAACGUCAAAAUUGGAGAUUUCGGUCUGGCAACUGUUGUGAGCCCAUCCACCAACAAGAGAUACACCAUUUGUGGAACCCCAAAUUACAUUGCUCCCGAGGUUCUGGGUGGUAAAGCAACUGGCCACAGUUUCGAGGUUGACAUCUGGGCCAUUGGAAUCAUGAUGUUUGCACUGCUUUUUGGCAAGCCUCCGUUCCAAGCCAAGGAUGUCCAAGUUAUCUACGAGCGGAUCAAGAAUAACGAAUACAAGUUCCCUGCCGACUCCUCUGCGUCAGCGGAGUCCAAGAACCUGAUCACAAAGCUGCUUUCGACCGACCCCGCCCUAAGACCUUCGCUAGACGAGAUCCUUGAGCACGAGUGGUUCAAGUGUGGCCCAUUCCCUGCCAAAAUCUCGACCGAGUCGCUCAAACAGAUCCCAAAGAAUCUUGCUUUCAUCACCAAGGAAGAAUCUUUGAUCAAUUUUGCUACCUGCAAGCAGCGAGUGGGAAUAAACGAUUCCUACAAGAGCCCUGUUGAGAUUCUCAAGACGGAUCUCGAAAGUGAGCAGCCAAAAACGCUUCUCCCUCAUUCUCUGUCGCCUAAUAAUACCAAAAACAAGUACAAGGAGAUUCCCCCGGUUGCCGUGAGAAACACAGUUAGAAGCCGGAUCACCAACGAGCUGGCCAAUGCUCAUCCGGAAAACCAGAUGAUGCGCAUUUUAAAUGAUACUUUAUCCGCCACCUUGAUGAACAUGAAAGAGAUCGAAGAGCAGAAAUUGAGGCCGGAUGCUAGGGCCAUGAAGAAGCCGAUUGUCGUUAGCAAGUGGGUUGAUUAUUCCAACAAACACGGAUUUUCGUACCAGCUCUCAUCCGGUGCCAUUGGGGUUUUGUUCAAUGCUGGCCAGACUGUCCUCAAGAUGGUUGACACGACGGAUGUCUUCUAUAUUUCGAGCUCAAGCGAAGAAGGCUGGAAAGUUGCGCAUUACACUGAGGAAACCACGCCGCCUUUGUUGUCCCGUGAAAUCGAAGUGGUGGAUUUUUUCCGCAAAUACAUGACUGCUCACCUUUCCGAUGUCGCGUCUGGAGCACGCAAGUCCUCGAGCCGCAGCAAAGACGUCUUUUUGCGCAGAUACACUAGAGAUGAUAACUACAUCAUGUUUGAAUUGAGCAACGGUAGUUAUCAAUUCAACUUCAAGGAUCAUCACAAGAUGGUGAUUUCCGAGCUGGGUCAGUACCUAACGCAUAUCACGCCGUCCAAGGAGAUCGAGACGCUUCCUUUGGACUACGUUCUCAGUAACGGCAACUUUUAUGAAAGUCCCGACGAGUACUUCAGUGUCAAGUAUGACUUUAUGAAGCACGCUCUCAGAGAUAAGAUAUCGAUAUGAAA